AUGUUCGUGCUACUUGCCGGCGUACUUGGACUCGCUGCCUUCGCGCAGCUCGUUGCGGCUUCACCAGACUCUGUCGAUUCGACCAACGGAUCCACGCCCGUGAUCGAUCUAGGCUAUGCCCAGUACCAGGGCACAUUCGAAUCCGAUACUAACACUUCCUACUUCCUCGGUAUUCGCUAUGCACAGGCUCCAGUAGGCGAGUCCCAUGUCAUUUACGGGCACCUCCGCUGGCGGGCACCACAGACGCCGACCGCUACGACAGGUGUGCAGCCGGCGACAGAGCAACCGAAUGAAUGCUACCAGAGCGCACUGAACGGGCAGUCGAGCACGAACCCGUACAGAACAGCGACCCUCCAGAAACGAGCGGGGGUUACUCAGGAUGAAGAUUGUCUCUUCCUGAAUGUAUAUACUCCGGGAGAGUUGCAGCCUAAUGCCAGCCUACCUGUUGUUGUCUGGAUACACGGUGGAGGAUAUAUUUCCGGGGCUGCAAGUGAUUUCACUGGCCAAGAUCUGAUCAAGGAGUCGGACUAUGGCGUUGUCGUUGUCAUCAUUCAAUACCGUUUGGGUGUCUUCGGCUUUCUUCCGGGCUCCGAGGUGAAGGCGAAUGGUGUGCUAAACGCGGGACUACUCGACCAACAUUUUGCUCUACAAUGGGUCCAAGAGCACAUUGCUACGUUCGGCGGCGAUCCGACGAAGGUUACCAUUUGGGGUGAAUCUGCGGGUGCCGGUUCAGUGUUACAACACAUCGUCGCAAAUGGUGGGAAGACAGAUCCCCCGCUGUUCCGUGCUGCCAUGACAAGCUCGACGUUCUUGCCUUUCCAAUACCAUUACAACGAUACUAUCCCAGAGACGUUGUUCCGAGAGACUGUCAACCAGACGAACUGUUCCAAUGCCUCAGACAAGCUCGAAUGCUUGCGCAGCGCGAACGCAACUACAUUGCAGACAGCGAACGUAAACAUCAACGAAGCGGGGUUCUACGGAACGUUUGUCUUUGUUCCGGUAGUCGACGGCUCCUUCAUCGUCGAGCGCCCGACCGUGACGUUGCAGCGAAAGGACUUCAAUGGCGAAAUGUUGCUCUCCGUCACGAACUCGCUUGAAGGAUAUGUCUUCGUGGAUACCAGCUCGCCACCGACUAACCUCACAGCAUAUGUCACGGAACUAUUCCCGCUGCUGAACGAGACGACAGUACAAAGCAUCGUCCAAACUUAUGCUGAUGACCAGGCACUGUCUACGACCUUGUCGCAAAUCGUCGCUGUGAUGGGAGAAUGCGAGUACCUACCAAUAUUCGUCUGCCCUACAUAUCUGCUGCUGCAGGCGUUUGGUAACCGUGCCUACAAGGGCGAAUUUGCUAUACCGCCCGGAUAUCACGGUCAAGAUGUUCAAUACUACUUCCCAACGUACGUUUCCCCUCCUUCCAACGCGUUACCACCAGCCUACAACAACUCCGAGUUCAUCACUUCGUUCUCGCAGUCGUUCUUGUCCGUUGUGCGCUCGUUGAACCCGAACGACAAGUUCAUCCCCGACUUGACGCCUGCUUGGUCGAUAUGGGCAAAUGACGCCACAGAGAUGCAGUUUAAUGUGACUGCCUCCGGAGAUCCAGUCAUAGAGACGAUCACGACAGAUCCGGCUCUGCUAGAGCGGUGCGCGUAA